AUGGGCAUCUCCCCAACCCAUCCUUCCCAGGAGCGCUCUUCCUGCGAUGUCUGCAAGAAACAAAAGUCCAAAUGCCUUCGCAUCAACCCGAGCGAUCUAGCAUGCGCCAGGUGCUCUAUCCUCGACGUGCCAUGCACAACAGGGCAACCGAAGGCGGCAGGGAGACCACGACGCAAGGCACGCUCUGCCACUUCACACACCGCCUCUAAGCAUGCUCCCAAGAAUCCCCCGAACCCAUCAAUCCCCCCUACUCCCUCUCAGCAGACCAAUGCCUUUUUUGAGGGUUCUAAUCCAAUCCACUGGACUGUCACGUCAUCUCAAGAUCCCUCCCAUCCACAGCUCCCUCCUACCAUGGCGCAAGAUGCAGUCCACAACACAGAAGCGUGCCAUACGAGAUUCAGCGACACUUUUAGAUCGCCUGUGACCUCAUGGACAAUCCGGGAUAAUAUAGAAUACGCGAAUUCUCCGCCGCCGUCGUCCUAUACCAGGCUCAACUUCGACGGUGUGAUUCCAAGUGUAUACUCCGUCGCCACGUCCCCGAAUCCAGCUCCACCACUUACCAGCCAUAGCGCUCCCUUGCAUUCGGUUUAUCCCUCGACAACACCUCUUCCGCAGAAUGCCAACCCUCAAGAUCCCAUGUUCGACCUGUCGAAGAUCAAUCUAGGCCUAAACGGCCGACUCAAGGCGAUGAAGGAACACCAGCAGAUUCUCGACUUUGACCUCAUGAUUGUUCAGCAAAGUCCUUUGUCUAUUGACAACAUCACUCUGGCUGAAUACAUGCUCAAAGCAGCUCAUGAGUUUCUGUCUAUCCUGACACGGCUCUACAACAGCCAACACUGCCCCGAGCAACCAUGCGAGCUGCCAGCACGAGACGAAAUAUAUUCAAAGGUCCUGACAUCAUUGCAUCAACAAGACCCGACGAAGACGCAGGACCUAUCCGGAAUCUCACACCAACUCAACCCCAAAUUCAUAUUAGAGCCACUGCCUGGGCCAAUCGUCUUAUUAAUAACGAGUAUUUUCAUUCAGCUCAUCUCGAGUUACGAGUUGAUUCUCCACUAUCUCACAUUACGUGUCGAGCGAAUUCCUGCCGACCCGAUCCAGCCCAUCCCGGGCCUCGUCAUCUGCGGGCAGCCUUUAGAGAGAGCUUGCACCCAGGGCAUGCUCUUCUGCGAAGUCUCCGUGAUCUUGCUGUCGGCGAUUGAGCGUCUACUAGGCGUUGAGGGCAGAGGGGCCGGCUUGCUAUCACCGAGGCAGUUGGAGGUACUUACGAGUGAGUUGGACGCGAGACAGGAACUCUCGCCUGGCUACGCCAUGAUGUCUCCUGCCAUCUUGCGAAGGCUACUUGGGAAAGUAGCAGAUGUUCUGAGAGUCAUUCAGUAG